GUUUUUAUUCUGUCUCACUGAGACGAUACACUGACACACACACGGAGAGACGGAGGACAAUUCACCUUCAGACCAGAGUCCAGCAGCGCCCCCUGCUGGAGGAUCCACAGCUGCUCUCAGGAGCUCUGAUAGACGAGGCCAAACACCUGGGCAACCUCACCUUCAACAUCUGGAACAAGAUGAAGGACAUGGUCUCCUACAGUCCUCUGAUUCUGGACCCAAACACUGCUGGUUCAAGACUUGUCCUGUCUGAGGAUCUGACCAGCGUGAGAGCAGGAAAGAGACAGCAGCUUCCUGAUAAUCCAGAGAGGUUUAAUAGGUACUGCUCUGUCCUCGGCUCUGAGGGCUUUAAGUCAGGGACACACAGCUGGGACGUCCAGGUCGGAGACAAUAAACGCUGGUCACUGGGUCUAAAAACUGCUCUCGUGGUGCAGAAGCAGCCUCAGAGGAUCCGAGUGAAUCUGGACUGGAACGGAGGAAAGCUGUCAUUCUCUGAUCCUGAUACUAACACACACAUACACACCUUCACACACACUUUCACUGAGAGGGUGUUUCCAUACAUUAGAGCUAAGGAUGCAGUCACACUCAAGAUUUUACCAGCGAAACUCUCUGUGACUGUGGAGCAGAAAGAAUAGAUGAUGAUGGUGAUGAUGAUGGUGAUGAUGAUGAUGAUGAUGGUGAUG